AUGGCCUCUCUCUUCUGUUGCAAUGCUGUCGUCCCCUAUCGCCCUCAGCGCCUCGAUCACGAGGAGAAAUUCCGGGCCUUCAUGGAAUGGGCCAAGUUUCCAAGAGCUUCCUCUGUCCAGGACGAGGAUGGCUAUUUCUCCAGAACUAGCCCAUCGUUCGCGGUGCAGCUUGUGAGACAGGUAAACUACGGGCCGCUCGAAGCUAAACGAUAUUUUGUCCCGGAACAAGGAGGCACCGACAAUUUCGUUGAGGUGUCCGAAAAAGAUCUAAUCGAGGGCAACUUUGAGAAACUUAAUUCGUAUAAGAAUUGGAAAUGCGAGCACCAUAACAAAUUCUUUGAGACGAACAUAUACCAACAGAAUCCAAGUAAUAAACAUCAUUGGAGGCUCAACAUCGCCCGGCCGGCCAACGAGAUCGAUCUAUAA